AUGACGGAGGUGGCACUGGCGAAGGCAGUGGAGGAGGAGAAGCGGCGUGGGGAGAAGAGGCAGCGUGGAAAGCUAAGAUAUUGGAAGAUAGGUAUCCAAGGGUUGCUUCCAUUGUUGAAGACAGUCAUGGCGCCGAUCACCAUCGAGGAGCUACGAGAUCAAACCGUUGCUAUUGACGCCUAUUCAUGGCUCCACAAAGGUGCUUUCUCAUGUAGCAUAGAGCUCUGCAAGGGACUUCCCACCUCUAGGCAUAUUGAUUAUUGCAUGCAUAGAGUCAAUCUAUUACGCAACCAUAGUGUCAAACCUAUUCUUGUAUUUGAUGGGGGCUCCUUGCCGAUGAAGAUUGAUAAAGAAACCAAACGUGCCAGGGCAAGGAAAGAAAACCUUGAAUGGGCACUUAAGCAUGAGGCUGCUGGAAAUUCUUUUGCUGCUCAUGAGUGCUUUCAAAAGGCUGUUGAUAUCUCACCAUCAAUUGCUUGGGAGCUAAUCCAGGUUUUGAAGAAGGAAAACAUUGAUUAUGUUGUGGCACCCUAUGAGGCUGAUGCGCAAAUGGCAUUUUUGUCCAUUAAUAAGCUUGUUGAUGCAGUCAUUACUGAGGACUCAGACUUAAUACCUUUUGGGUGUCAUAGAAUUAUUUUCAAAAUGGAUAAAUUUGGGCAAGGCGUUGAGUUCAAAUGUUCAAUGUUAGACAAAAAUAAAGAUAUUGAUUUUACUGGCUUUACUAAAACUAUGUUACUUGAAAUGUGCAUUUUUAGUGGAUGUGACUACCUAAAAUCAUUGCCUAGCAUCGGCUUAAAAAGAGCAUAUGCACUUGUUAAAAAAUACAAAAGUUAUGAGAAGGUUAUCAAACACUUACGAUGCACUUCUAUUGCUAUUCCACCCCAUUAUGAGGAAAAUUUCAAAAAAGCCAUUUGGACAUUUCAACACCAAAGAGUUUAUGAUUCCGUAAAGGAGGAUAUUGUGCAUUUGUCAAAUAUUCCUCAUGAUUGUGACAUCGAUUUGGAGUUUUUAGGCCCAUGGUUGCCACAAAAGUUGGUUCAAGGCAUAGCUAAAGGCGAUGUUGAUCCUUUGACAAAGAUUCCAUUCCAGUUUAAGAUGGUUGCUAUCGAAAGAUAUCGAAAUAUGGAAAGUUCAAAUGAUGAACAAAAUAUUCCUCUUAUGGUUGAUGAGUCUCAAGAAACAGAGGCUCACAUUCAACAUUCCAAUGCUAUGGUUGGAACUUCAAAUAAUGCACUUAGAUCAGAAGGGCAAAUUAUUGCUGCCACAGGAAAUGGAAAUUCUCAAAAACGUGGACGAGGACCAACUAUCAAUGCAAAACUUGCUAGGAAAAAAGCCAAAGGAAUGCAAAUCGAUGUUCAGUUUCCUCCUCCAUACUAUAAGGUGUGUGGUAAGCAUGCCCGCCUUUUCAAAUCAGAAGUCACUAUAGCCAUUCGACAACUUGCAUCACUUAAGGUUGCUAGUUGGAAAGAGAUUUCUGAUGAGGAUAUCAAGGCAAUGUGGACAUUUUUAAAGGAUAAAUUUAAUUUUUCAAAUGAGGUGCAACCCUUUGUUAUGAAACAAAUGCAAGCACAAUACAAAAAUAGGCACUAUCAUUUGCACCAAAGAUAUCUGAAGAGCAAAGAUUGCCCGAAAGAUGUGGAUGAAAGUGAUUGGAAAUGGCUGAUUGAUAAUAAAUGGGAGACUAAAAAGUUUAAGGAGCAAAGCAAAAGAAACACAAUUAAUAGCAGAAAUAUAGAGAUGAAAGCAGUUAGUGGCACAAAAUCAAUUGUUCAGAUUGCAUAUGAAAUGAAAGAUAAAGAUACUAAUGAAUGGCCCGAUGUCUAG